AUGGCGCCAGUUUCAGCUCUCGCUAAAUACAAGCUGGUGUUCUUGGGCGAUCAGUCCGUCGGCAAAACCAGCAUCAUCACUCGCUUCAUGUACGACAAAUUCGACAAUACCUAUCAGGCUACAAUUGGCAUUGAUUUUUUAUCAAAAACUAUGUAUCUUGAAGAUCGAACUGUUCGGCUGCAGUUAUGGGAUACAGCUGGGCAGGAGAGAUUUAGAAGUCUUAUUCCAAGCUACAUCAGGGACUCAUCUGUUGCUGUGAUCGUAUAUGAUGUUGCAAGUCGUCAGACUUUCCUAAACACAUCAAAGUGGAUUGAAGAGGUGCGUAGUGAGAGAGGAAGUGAUGUUAUUGUUGUUCUUGUUGGGAACAAAACUGACCUUGUGGAUAAGAGGCAAGUCUCCACAGAGGAAGGGGAAGCAAAGUCUCGGGAGCUAAACGUUAUGUUUAUUGAAGCUAGUGCCAAAGCCGGCUUUAAUAUUAAGGCCCUCUUUCGAAAAAUUGCUGCUGCAUUACCUGGAAUGGAAACACUCUCUACCACAAAACAAGAAGACAUGGUAGAUGUGAACCUAAGGUCAUCUGCCGGCCAUGAUUCUCAACCUCAAUCUGGUGGAUGUGCUUGCUGA